AUGGCACCCGAUUCCAUAAAGUAUACGGCCUUUGUCACACCGUAUGGGCAGUUUGAGUAUAUGCGUAUGCCAUUCGGCUUGAAGAAUGCGCCGGCCGUCUUUCAGAGGUACAUUCAUAACAUUUUCAGAGACCUGAUCGAUGAUUUUUUAAUUAUCAUCUAUAUGGAUGACAUCAUUGUAGGGACAGUUGACUUCGAAUCACAUUUGCAGUUAGUGGCUAAAGUUUUACUACGAAUGAAGGAAAGUGGUUUAGAACUGAGGUUGAGUAAAUGUAAAUUUGGCUACAAUGAUAUAGAAUAUUUAGGCUACCGCGUGAACUCAGAGGGAAUAUGUCCAAGCGACUCACAUGUAGAAGCCAUUCGGGAUUACCCAGUGCCGUCAAAUCAGAGAGAAAUUUCCAGAUCGCUUUUGGCAAUAUUGUCGUAUGUCAGUACAAAAUUAACAAGACAAAAGAAAGCAAUUAGUCCAGAACAACGGCUGGUUUUAUGUUUAAGAUUUCUCGCAACAGGUCUUUCGUUUCGAGAUUUAGCUUUUGCUUUUCGAAUGGGCAGAAGCACAGUAAGUAACAUUGUCUUGGAAACUAGCGUUAUCAUAUGGGAACAACUUGUGGAAGAAUAUAUGCCUAUACCAACAACUGACCACCUUCGAAAUGUUAUUAACGAUUACUACCGACGCUGGAAAUUUCCUAACUGUUUUGGCAGUAUUGAUGGUAGACAUUGCCAAAUUCAAUGUCCAGCAAAUUCUGGCUCUCAUUAUUUUAACUACCUGCAUUAUUUUUCUAUUGUACUGCAAGCUGUAGCUGAUGCUGACAAAAAGUUUCUAACAAUCGAGGUGGGUGGGAGAGGAAAACAAAGUGAUGGUGGUACAUUUUCUGGAUCUACUUUGUUCAAAUUACUUGAAGCUGAUAAAUUUAACGUUCCACCUCCACAAGCAUUACCAGAAUCAAACAUUGUUCUUCCCAAUUUUUUAAUCGGAGAUGAGGCUUACCCCCUGAAAAACUAUUUACUAAGACCUUAUCCAAGGAGAAACUUAAAUGCUCAAACAGAAAACUUCAACAAAAAACUUUCAAUCGCAAGAAAAUGGAUUGAGUGUGCAUUUGGCAUAUUAAGCAAGAAAUGGCGGUUUUUACAAAAAAACAUCGAAACGAAGCCAAGCACUGCAGUUCGUUUAAUUAAAUGUGCUUGUAUACUGCACAAUUUUGUGAGAGAGUGCGAUGGCGACAGUGACCUUGAUUAUAUACACGUGUCUGCAGAAAUGGCUAAUGACUUAGCUCAAACAAAUGCAACCACCCAAGAAGAACAGUCCCGUUAUAAAAGAAGCUCAAGCAAUGCGUUGAAUACAAGAAACGAGCUUGUGCAAUAUUUUUGGGAAUUCGGGCAUUGA